AUGGCGGUCGGAAAAAACAAGAGAAUAUCGAAGGGAAAGAAGGGUGGCAAGAAGAAGGCCGCCGAUCCCUUUUCCAAGAAGGAUUGGUACGAUAUCAAGGCCCCUUCUGUGUUCCAGGUCAAGAAUGUUGGCAAGACCCUCGUCACCCGUACCCAGGGCACCAAGAUUGCUUCUGAAGGACUGAAACAUCGAGUGUUUGAGGUCUCAUUGGCUGAUCUUCAAGGAGAUGAGGACCAUGCCUUCAAGAAGAUUCGUUUGAGAGCUGAGGAUGUUCAAGGAAGGAAUGUUCUGACAAACUUUUGGGGAAUGGAUUUCACAACUGACAAGUUGAGGUCUUUAGUCCGAAAAUGGCAAACUUUAAUCGAAGCUCACGUGGAUGUGAAGACCACUGAUAAUUACACUCUGAGGAUGUUCUGCAUUGGCUUUACUAAGAGGCGCAGUAACCAAGUGAAGAGGACCUGCUAUGCACAAUCGAGCCAAAUUAGACAGAUCCGCAGGAAAAUGAGAGAGAUAAUGGUUAACCAGGCAGCAUCCUGUGAUUUGAAAGAACUGGUCCGCAAGUUCAUCCCUGAGAUGAUUGGUAAAGAGAUUGAGAAAGCAACAUCAAGCAUCUACCCUCUACAAAAUGUGUUCAUUCGUAAAGUUAAGAUCCUGAAAGCUCCGAAGUUUGAUCUUGGCAAAUUGAUGGAGGUUCACGGGGAUUACUCGGAGGAUGUCGGAACAAAGGUGGACAGACCCGCUGAUGAAAUAGUGGUGGAGGAAGCCACGGAAAUAGUUGGAGCUUGA